UGUUCUCAUAUGUUCUCAUAUCGUCUAUCAUCUGUACUUGUCUCGUGUCGACAAUCAAAACGUGUAUACUUGGGUAGCCGGUCACGAAACGAAUUAGAACUUCAUUAUAAAGUAAAAGUUUAAUCAGUAAUUCACUCACAAUGGUGAAACUGACACCGGAAUUGAUAGAACAAUCGAUGCAAUACAUUAAUCCUGUGCGUGAUCGGGAAUUAGAUCUUAGAGGAUACAAAAUACCCACCAUCGAGAAUCUGGGGGCGACUUUGGAUCAAUUUGACACAAUAGACUUUUCUGAUAAUGAUAUACGUAAACUGGAUGGAUUUCCACUUUUGAAAAGAAUACAAACCUUGUUUUUCAAUAACAAUCGUAUUGUCCGAAUUGCUGAUGGAUUAGAGCAUUGUAUACCAAAUUUACAUACGUUGAUGUUAACUGGUAAUAUGAUUCAAGAAUUGGCUGAUCUAGAGCCUCUGAUACAGCUGAAAAAUCUUACAAGUUUGUGCCUGCUUCAAAAUCCAGUAUCGGCGAAGCCACAGUAUCGACAAUACGUUAUAUAUAGAUUUCCACAGCUCAAAUUACUUGAUUUUCGAAAAAUUAAAAUGAAAGAACGCAAUGCAGCAAUAGAAUACUUCAGAAGUCAGCGUGGCAAAGAAAUGACACGUGAAAUAGCAAAGAAGGUGAAGGCUCAAACGGCGGGUACAGCUAUGGAUAAACCUCUGACUACUCCUGAAGAACGUAACAAGAUUCGCGAAGCCAUUACAAAUGCUUCUUCCUUGGAAGAGGUACAAAGGCUUAGUAAAUUCCUGCAAUCUGGUCAUAUUCCAGGAGAAGAACGAAUGCAAAAUGGGAGCGGAACUGUGGAACCUAUGGAAGAGGAUGAUGAUUGAGUAACUAGCUUUCUAUGUUAUAUUUAUAAUGUAAGCCUGAAAAACAUGAAGGGACCUCACAUUGUAAGUAUCUGAUGCGAUAAUAUAGGACGCGAUACAAUAUAUAUGAUGCUGAUAAGAAAUUGUACUACACAGAUAUUAUUUUUUUUUAAUAUUACAAAUUGA